GCUCAUUAAUUAGAACAAUCACUCAUGGCUCGAAUCUCGGCUCAAGGUAUUUGUUCUUAGGCGAGCCUUUCUCCAUUUCUUUCUGCUGUAAAGACUUGUCAUGGCGAUUGCCCCACACUACUGGAAUCAGAGAGUGACUGAAAAUCAUUCUGAUGAUGGUGAUAGCUGUAGUAAGAGCAGUCAUGAUGAAGAGGAGGAGGGGAAACCAACCGAAGGACUCCUCAGGCAAUCCAUAUUGAGGAAACCUGACUUUAAAGGAGAGAGAGUAGGAGGAGGGGCUCCCCUCUUUAAAAAGACGCCUCAUAGUGGCUCUGAUUAUCAACCAACCAGCGAAGAAGAAGAAGAAGAAAUAGAGGAGGAGGAGGAGGAGGAGGAGGAAGCUUCUUGUAGUAGCAGCAGCAGCUUUAGUGAGAGGAAAGGGACAGGAAAGAAGAAAAGAGGCAGAGCUAAAUUUGGUAGCUCUUCUGGUUCGUCUUCGGGAGAUGACAGCCACUCGAAGCCUUCUAAGACUUCUUUCCCCGUCAAAAUGGACGUCAAGAAGUUUUACUCCCUUUCAUCUACGUCGAGUUUCCGGCAUAACUUGACGCCUUCGGCUAAUUGUUUUUAUAAAGUGAACUCCAGCAACUCGGAACCGCAGGAGAGAAGGAGAGAUGAGGCAAAGGAUAGCCACUCUAGCUAUAAUUCGUAUCAGAGAGAAGCUGCAAGGAAUAUUAAGUAUGAUUUUGAUAGUGAAAGCGAAGGAAGUGAUUCAGAACUGGAGGAGAGAGGAGGGGGAGGGACUAAGAAGACGAAGAAUAGCAAGUUUUAUACUGCGAGGGACAGUGACUCUGAUUUUGAGAUAUCAGAUGCUGGAGGUGAUGAGUAUGAUGAUGACAUUAUGAGUUUUGGCAGUGACAGUUUAGUGGAGGAGAGCAGUUCUGAUGGAUACACACCAUACACCUCAAGGAGAGGAGGAGGAGGGAGAUCUAGGAAGAAGAAACAGUGGUCUGAUGAUGAUUUUGGUCGAAUGAGAAAGAGACAGCAAACACUCUUCAGCGGUGAUGAGAGUGAUUCAGAUUACGAUCCCGGCAGAGGAAAGAAGAGCAGAGGAAGAGGAACAAGAGUGAAGAGAAAGAGGAAGAGAGGAGAGAGUGAUUAUGAUGAUGAUCUUGAUGAAGAGUAUGAUGGAUAUACUAGAACUACUGGUAGACAAAGAGAGCAUAUUAGUUAUAAAGAGUCAUCAGUUGAAGCUGAAGGUGAUAAUAAAGUGGCUGCAGGUGAUGGAGUUUUAGCACCAGAAGAAGAUAAUAGAGAAAAAAUUGAUCGAAUUUUGUUUAAAAGGCUUGGGCCAGCUAGCGAAACUGGUAGAACCUGUUAUUCUCUACCUGUCCCUCAUCCUAAUGGACGAGAAGGAGGAGGAGGAGGUGAGGGUGAGGAUGGCGAGAAACUUGUUGUACAGUAUCUAGUAAAAUGGUUGGGCUGGUCACAUCUUCAUAACACUUGGGAAACAGAGGCAUCUUUGCUAAAAGCUAAUGUCAAAGGAAUGAAAAGAUUACAGAAUUACAUUAAAAAAGAAGAAGAGAGAGAAGAAUGGGAGGAGAGAGCUAAUCCUGAGGACUUAGAGUACAGCAAGAUACAACAAGAACUGAAUGAAAGAUUACUAGAUCAAUUUAAAGAAGUGGAAAGAGUUAUUGAUGCUCGUAGAACGGAGGAAGGCUCGGGCCAGGAGUACCUCUGUAAGUGGAAGGGUUUGCCGUACUCGGAGUGCACCUGGGAAGACGGGGAGCUACUGACCGACCUCUAUCAACAAGAGAUUGAUGAUUACAUGUACAGGAAUGAGUCUGACUGUGUACCAUGUAGAUCAGCUAAAGUAUUAAGAUCAAGGCCAAAGUUCUCAGUUUUUAAGGAGCAGCCCUCAUUUAUUGGAGGAGGGAAUGAGCAGCUCCAGUUGAGAGACUAUCAGCUUGAUGGGGUCAACUGGCUCGUGAGCUCAUGGUGCAAGAAUAAUUCAGUGAUACUAGCUGAUGAAAUGGGUCUAGGAAAGACGAUACAGACGAUAUCGUUUCUUUCGUCUCUUUUCCACAUUUACAAUCUCUAUGGUCCAUACCUUGUCGUGGUUCCGCUCUCUACCUUACCCUCUUGGCAGAGGGAGUUUUCCCUAUGGGCUCCCAGUAUGAACACACUGGUGUACAUCGGUGACGUUACUAGUAGGAAAAUGAUUCAGGAUACUGAAUGGGCUCAUGCUAACGGCAAUAUCAAAUUCAAUGUUGUCAUCACGACUUACGAAAUAUUGUUAAAAGACAAAGAUUUCUUAGGUGAUGUUAGUUGGGCUGUCUUGGUUGUCGAUGAAGCUCACAGACUAAAGAAUGACGACUCCCUCCUCUAUAAGACGCUUAACAUGUUUCAUACUAACCACAGGCUCCUAGUGACUGGCACUCCACUGCAGAACUCACUGAAGGAGCUCUGGUCACUUAUCCAUUUUAUAAUGAAAGACAAGUUCCCCAGUUGGGAGGAGUUUGAAGAGGAGCACAAGGCGUAUCACGAGGGAGACACCUCCAACCUCUCCUCACUACACCAGCAGCUCGAGCCCUACCUACUGAGGAGGAUUAAAAAAGACGUUGAAAAAUCACUUCCUUCAAAAGUGGAACAGAUCCUCCGUGUAGAGAUGUCAUCAGUACAGAAGCAGUAUUAUAGGUGGAUACUUACUAGGAAUUAUAAAGCAUUGAGUAAAGGUGUGAAGGGAAGCAUAACCGGUUUCAUAAACGUGUUAAUGGAGUUAAAGAAAUGCUGUAAUCACGUGUACAUUGUUCGGACACCAGACACACCUGAAGUUAAGGAUCCUUUACAGUCUCUCCUCAGAGGAAGUGGUAAGCUCUACUUACUGGAUAAGCUCCUGGUCAGGUUGAAAGAGAAAGGACAUCGUGUCCUCAUAUUCUCACAGAUGGUCCGUAUGCUGGACAUACUCGCCGAGUACAUGAAAUUUAGACACUUCCUCUACCAAAGAUUAGAUGGAUCCAUAACUGGCCAGCAGCGGAAAGAGUCCAUCGAUCACUUCAACGCUGAGGGCUCUCAAGACUUCUGCUUCCUUCUCUCAACAAGAGCCGGUGGACUCGGAGUCAACCUUGCUACUGCAGAUACUGUCGUCAUAUUUGAUUCGGAUUGGAACCCACAGAAUGACCUCCAAGCUCAAGCCAGAGCACACCGCAUUGGUCAGACCAAGCAAGUUAACAUAUAUAGGUUUGUUACGCGUAACAGUGUAGAGGAGGACAUCAUUGAGAGAGCCAAGCGUAAGAUGGUUCUCGAUCAUUUGGUAAUUCAAAGGAUGGACACGACAGGGAGGACCAUACUAUCACAUACAACCAGCGAUCAAGGAAGAAACGUCCCUUUUGAUAAAGAUGAAUUGACAGCGAUAUUAAAAUUCGGAGCUGAGGAUUUAUUCAAAGAGGACGACAAAGAAGAAGACAAAGACUUAAAGGAAAUGGAUAUAGAUGAAAUAUUAAAACGAGCAGAAACACAAGAAAUAUCAGGAGAAGAGUCGGCCACAGCCCACGAGCUCUUGUCCCAGUUUAAAGUCGCUAGUUUUGCAAUGGGGGAAGAGGAACUGGGCGGAGACUUCUCCGAUAAUGAAGGAAGGAGAAUGUCCGUUAGUACUGAAACUACUCCUCAUAAAAUCGGUCGUAAUAAGGAUUGGGAUGAAAUUAUUCCGGAGUCUUAUCGCUCACAAAUGGAAGAAGAAGAGAAGGAGAGAGAGCAGCUUCAGCUUUACCUACCACCAAGACAAAGAACAGUGAGGAACUAUUACGAAGAUAAGGACCAACAGGUUCAAUCAGGAUCACUACCCAAGCAAUCAGCCAAAGAAACCCGCUCCUCCAAUGCUCGUAGACACAAGAAGUCCCAUGGUGGCGAGCCGACGCCGGUCACUGGUAUACUGGUCACUAGAGAGGUCACUGGUUAUAAUAAUAACGAGAUUAGACGAUUUGUUAACAGCUACUUAAAGUUUCCACUGCCACAAACUAGGUUAGAGGAAAUUGCUGUUGAUAGUGAAUUACAAGAGAAGUCAUUGUCAGAACUGCAACAUCUUGCAAAGCUCCUUCAUGAUGGCUGCCAGGAAGCUUGUGACUUGUACCAGCAACUGUUAGCAGAGUGUUCAGAAGGUACUAGUCCUCCUCAUCCUCCCACGCUGAAGCUAGGAGGCGUGUCCAUACCAGCUCAGAAUGUCCUUGAGAAAGAGACUGACCUAAACACUCUAGCACAAUACAUACCGACUGAUUUUCAAGCUAGGAAGAGGUUUAGACUAGUUACCAAGGUACCACUGAAGCAGGUUACAUGGGCCGGAGUGAAGUGGUCGUCAGUUGACGAUUCUAAACUAUUAGUUGGUGUCUAUCAGUAUGGACUAGGUAACUGGGAGUGUAUUAAAGAUGAUCCUAACAUUGGCCUCAGUAAAAAGAUACUGCCAGCCAACAGACAGUUGAAACCACAGGUCCAGCACCUGAAGACAAGAGUUAAUUUUUUAUUGAAAUCACUAAGGAAGGACUCAAUGCACAAUGCUACUAGUAAGAAAAAACAGGCCAGUAAGAGAACCAGGGACAGAGAAGCUGAUGCCAAAGGAACACAUAAACUUUCAAAAUACUUUGCCAGUGAUAAAAGCAAAGGACACAACAGUAAAAGAAAAAGAACUAAAACGUCAGAGACAGAGUCGGAAGAGGAGGAGGAAGAGGAACAAGAAGAUGAGGAAGAGGAAGAGGAGGAGGAGAGUGACGAUGAUUUUGUUGAUGAUUGGAAGAGAAAGAAAUCGAAAAGACGGAAAACAGCUCCAGCAGCAACAAAACAAUUAGCUAGAAAAAGAGGAGGAGGAGGAGCUACCACUUCUAAAACUAAACCAGCCAGCAAAGGAAAGACAGAGACUCAGAGAAAGUCUAGAGCAACCAGCAAAAGAACUAGCUCUUCGCAAGCAAACGGACAGAAUAAAUCAAGGAGGAAAGGAAAGAGAGGAGAGGGGGAGAGAGAGGGAGAAGUGAGCGAUUCGUAUAUUGUUAGUGAUUAUGAGCUUGAUGAAGAGAUAUUCGUGAAGUGCAAGUCAUUGUUAAAACCGGUCAAGAAAUGUCUGAUGCAGCUGCCUCCAACACCUGGUGGCGACACUGCUCAUGAACAAACUGUCAUUGAGAUCGGGGAUCAUAUUAGCACUUGCUUGACUGCAUUCACAGACACUGAUGCUGUCAAUGAAUGGAGAAGUAACCUGUGGAUAUUUGUUGCCAAGUUUACAGCUGUUUCUGGUAGAACACUGUUCAACGUUUAUAGGAAUUUAAAAAAUAUCACCUAAUAUACACAUGCAACGACUUUAUUAUUAUUAUUAUUAUUAUCUCCUUCAAUAUUCUCUCCUGCGUCUCUAUAAAUAACAUAAUUAUUAUUAUUUCUAACACAUGAUUGAAUUAUAAAUAAAAAGAUAAAAAUAUUAA